AAAUCAUGAUGAUGAUGAUGAUCAAUCAUCAAGAGCAAGAAAAAAAUGCCAAAAUCAAUUGCAAUAUUGGGUGGUGGUAUUAGUGGAUUAUCAGCCGCUUAUUAUCUAUUGGAGAAAUCCAUUCAAAAUAGCGCGCGUAUUGGAAAAAUUUAUCUAUUCGAACAACAAUCACGUGUUGGUGGUUGGCUACGAUCGAAACCGAUCCAUCAAAACGCUGAUGAUGAUGAACAUUUUGAACUUGGUCCACGAACAAUCAGUUUGAAUUCAUAUGCUGGAAUCAAUUGUCUUUCAUUGGUUAAUUCCAUUGGACUGGCUGAACAAAUUAAAUCAGUAUCGAAACAAUCGAAAAGUUUUAAACGACGUUAUGUUGUUAUUGGUGGUCAACUUCGUCUUCUGCCCAAUAGUUUGAGUGAUUUAUUUAUUCAAAGACCACCAUUUAAACCAUUUGUGUACUAUUUAUGGAAUGAUAUUCGACAACCACCUGUUCAGAUUUAUGAUCCAAUCACUGAUGAUAUUUCGGUUGAUGAUUUUUUCCGUCAAAGAUUUGGUGAAGAUAUUGCCCGUUAUUUGAUAAAUCCAUUAUGUAUGGGUAUAACCGGUGGUGAUAGCCGAACAUUAUCAAUGCGAUCAAUAUUUACAUCAAUGUUCCAGAAAGAACAAAAAUAUGGAUCUGUAGUGAAAUCAAUGUUAAAAAACAAAGAUGAUAUUUUCCAAGAAUUACGUGACGAUUCUCUUGUCCAACAAUCAAUUAAUGAAAAAUGGGCCGUUUUUUCAUUUCAAAAUGGAAUUGAAUCAUUACCAAAACGAUUAAGUUCGUUGUUGAUGGAAAAAUUUCCAUCACAAAUUGAAUUAAUGCUCGACACCAAAGUCAAUGGAAUCGAAUUUCCCAGAUCGGAUAAAUGCCUGAUAAAUAUCGUUCAUAAACAACGUAGUGUAGAUAAAAUUCAAGUUGAUCAUUGUUUCUCAUCAAUACCGGCCAUUCAUUUAGCUCCAUUACUACAAUCAUCAUCAAACUUAUCGGAACUUAAAUCAACACUUUUAUCAAUCAAAACUAUACAUAUGGCUGUUGUUUGUAUGCAAUUCGAUGCGGAAAUUAUUCCAUCAGAUAUGGGAUUCGGAUUUCUUGUACCGGCAACGGAAAAUUCUCAAAUUCUCGGUGUUACAUUUGAUUCGUGUAUAUUUCCAGAAUCACGAACCAAAUUAACCGUUAUGUUAGGUGGAUAUAUGUUUGAAAAAUUAUUUGGUCAUCCUGAUCAAAUGGUAGAUCAUGAUCAAAUUAUCGAUAUAUCACUUCAAGCACUGAAAACCUAUAUGAAAAUCAAUGAACUACCAUGCAAUGUACAUGUUGCCAUUCACAAGGAUUGUAUUCCUCAAUAUACUGUCGGCCAUCAAAAUCGAUUAAAAAAAAUUGAAAAAGAAAUUCAAAAUCUUCCAUUAUCAUUGUUGGGUGCAUCAUAUUAUGGUUUCAGUGUACCGGAUACAAUACUGCAAGCACGACGAGAAUCAGAAUUGUGGCAUCGACAACAACGGAUUUAAUUACAAAAAAAAAAAUUUCCAUUUGUUUUUCUUUAUUUACAAAUUCUGAAAUGAAUGAAAAAAAAGU